GGGAGUUUCCCCAGCCUGCUGUCCCGAGUCUGGGCUUUCCCUCUGCCCCUCCCCACUCCCAGGCUGGUGGGGUGGGGAAAGCAGCCCAUUCCUGGGCUCAAAGACUCCCACCCCAGCUCAGAGAGAGCAGGGGCCCAGCCAGGGACGGACCCUCAUUUCUCCCAGGGACCCCAGACCUCUGUCUCUCUCGGCUGAGUCUUUGUGCCAGGAAGACUGGGUGCAGAAGGUGACUGUCUCAGUGGAGCUGCGUCAUCUCAGGCCUUGGCUCCUUGAACUUUUGGCCGCCAUGGGCGUCGCGACGUGCCAGUCUGUUGAAACUAAGGAUCUGAAGCUCCGAAUGCAACAGGCCUUAGACAGAUUUUGGAAUAAAAUGGGAAAUGCAGAAUCAGGAUAUGGACAGGUGAUGUGCAGCCUGGCAGAGCUGGAGCACGACUUCAAAGACGGCUACCUGGACGUAGUGGAGACUCAUUAUCAGGAACAGCACCUAGAGCUCACUCCUCUACUUGAAAAGGAAAGAGAUGGAUUACGGUGCCGAGGGAACAGAUCCCCUGUCCUGGAAGUUGAGGAUCCCACAACCCAGGAAUCUGGGGAGAGCUUUUGUGACAAGGUCAUGAGAUGGUUCCAGGCCAUGCUGCAGCAGCUACAGAUGUGGUGGCACAGGGUUCUGGCCUGGGUGAAGGAGAAGGUGGUGGCCCUGGUCCAUGCAGUGCAGGCCGUCUGGGAAGAGUUCCAGAGUUUCUGCUGCUCUCUGUCAACGCUCUUCAUGUCGUCUCUCCAGUCCUAAGGAGCCUCACAGGGGGGAUGGAGGAGCUGACACCCCAGAAGUGCUCUGAACCCCACUCCUCAGAAUGAAGAUACUGACACCACCUUUGCCCUCCCCCUCACUGCGCGCCCACCCUGUCCCCUCCCUCAGUUCUCCUGUGCCCCGCCCCCCUCCCGCACACCCAGUCCCCCUGCCUGGCGUUCCCGCUGCAGCUCUGACCUGGCGCUGUCACCGUGACAUCUUAAUAAAACUAGCUUAUACUUA